AUGGUUUCGAUGAAGAAUCUUUCACUGGCUAUGGCCGCUCCUCUUUUUAGUAGGACUCUUGCUAUUCCUGGCGAGACUGCUAAAGAUUCCGCUAUCUCUUCCGAUGGUAUCAAGAGGGGUAUUCAGGAGGGCUUGAACCUCCGAUCCAUUAAUAACCAUCUUCUUGCCCGCACCGAUGAGGCCCGAGAUGACCUUGAGGGGAGAGACCUCAAAGAACGCGGUUCGGGAUAUCGCGACUGCUGUCUUUUCCCCAAACCUGGCAAGGGCCGUGGUCGCCGUGCUCGUGAUGUCAAUGAUCUUGAGGGACGAGAUCUUGACAUCCAACGAGUCCGAAAACCUGAUACUUCUGGGCGCUCCUUUCGUCGUGGUCUUGCUGGCCGAGGCCGCCAUACCCGCGAUAUCGACGAUAUCGAGAAGCGUGAUGUCAACGACCAGAAGAAGAGAUAUAUCAAAAAACGCAGUUCAGGAUAUCGGGAUUGA